GCCAUUUUGGAUCUUAGCAUGAAAACAUCCUUGCAUUUUGGUCGAAUUGCUUAAAGAUGUGAACUUAAUCGUUCACAUUACUUUCAAAUUUGGCACAAAAUGGGCCAGGGAAGCUCUAAGGAAAGUUACAAAAAUGCUGUGAAGAAACUAAGCAGCAUAGAACUAGCAAACAUCGAGGCGGUGUUUAACGAGAUUUCGACGAAGAGAGAGGAUGGAACGCGACAUGUAGAACUGUCUCUGAUCAAUCGGCAAGAUUUUGCUGAACGCUUCCGGCUGCCUGGCUUUAUUGCUGAACGCCUAUUUCACGCUUUUGAUCGAAAUGAGAGUGGUACUAUAGAUUUAGAAGAGUUUAUUGGAGGAAUUGCCCUUUGCUUGCAUGGGAAAGUGAAGGAUAAGUGCAGAUUACUAUUCCACAUCUUCAAUCUGUCUGAUGAUGAUGGUGUUAGCAGAGAUGAACUGACUGCUGUUCUCUUAAGCUCUCUUGAGUCAGCACAAACGAUAUUGGACAAUGUGGAAGAAACAGAGCAGCCUACAGAGGGGAACAAUACAGACAAGCUGAUUGAAACUGUUUCAAGGAUUGUCAGUGAUGCAUUUGAUACCUGUAAUGUGUCCAAAACAGGAAAGCUUUCGGCCAAGGAGUUUGAACAUUGGCUUUAUCGAAACCCAAAGAUAAUGGACAAUGUGUUUGGCUGGCAAUGCCCAAGUCCAGAGGAGGGUCAGUGGAUGAAUGAAAGCUCACCAGAAGCAAGUCCUACUAAAACAAAGUUUAGUAGCAUAUUGUCUGAUGAAUCUGUUCAGAGUGUGGAAAUUCAGGGUGUACCAUCUGAGCAGAGUGACAACCGUACCCUAAGUGACUUGUUUUCUUCAAACACCAGCACUAGUGGUGAUGCAGAAGGACACAGCUUCUUUGAUUCUCUUGUUGCCCCAGCUGCUUCUGACCCAUUUUCACAAAUAGGGGGACAAACUUUUCCACCAUCAGUUGUAUUCUCAGAGCCAAUUCAUCAACCUUCUGAAAAACAAUCAGCGCCAGAACCAGCUCAAGGGGAUUUGGGUUUUAAGGUGGUGAACAAUCAGGACACAAUAAAACAAGACUCAGAACAGUGGCCUCCGUUCCAAGGGGCUGAAACGCCCAUGCCACCUGUUGCCCCAAUUCUCAGUCAAACUUCAGUGGCCCAUGAUGAUCCUCUUAAUGCCAUGCAAAACCAGGAAUCAUCCAAUCUCAAACUUGAAAUUACUAAGGAACAAAAGCUUCCUUCAGCACCACCUACCCCUGAAGGAGAGUGGGUGAGAAGCAAACAAACUGAAGCUGAGAGAAGAUCCUCAGCAUGGAUAGCAACACCCCAGACUAAUCAGUUUCUGGUCACCAUUGGAUCAGGUAUGCUGAACCCUGCUGAUGUGGAUCAACAGUUCUUAACAUCUCCUGGAUUGGUUAUUGAAGGUCCACAGGUGGACCCUGUGAAGGAGCUGAUGUCAAAGUUUAUGGGUGAACAGGAUGCAGAAAAUAGAAAGACAUUGAGUGUUGACAGUGUUCCAUUGGAUGAGUCUGGGCUCAGAGAAUUACUGAGACAACAGUGCUGGCGAGCAGCUCUUGAAUUUACCACCAGGUUCUUGACAGCACAUGGCCAGGGUGUGGGACAGAAGGGUCAGAGAGCUUUACACACUCACAAGACCUUACAGGUAUGGUUAAGUUCUCGUUGGCUCCUUGUAACAACCACCUCUGCGCAGAAGCGCCUAUGUGGUUACUUUGGUUUCGUUAUUGCUACACGUAAUGUAAAAGCGCCCAAUAACAGAAACAAGUCAUUUAGUAAUUUUGUGAGUUCGAUUUUUUCAGCUGCUAUUGAAUUGUGGAUCACCAGAGAGGUGCGCGUUCUUUAUUCGAUAGGAAACUGUUUUCUUGGCAUGAAGGAUUACAGUUUAGCUGUGACAGUGUUCAAGUCUAUUAUGGAUAAAGAUCCUUCAUGUGAAUUCAACUUGUUAUCUGGGAUAGGAAGAAUCUACUUACAGCUUGGAGACUUGGAAACGGCACAGAGUUAUUUCAAGCAGGUGGAAUCAAAAGCAACUGGUGACCCAAACUCACUUAGUAGUGUAGUCAUGAAUAAAGGCUUGCUUGCGUUAUCUGCAGGAUCAUACGAUGAAGCUCACAGACAUUUUGUAGCUGCUACUAAACUAGAUCCAUAUAGUUCUGUGGCUAUCAACAAUGUAGCUGUUUGUUUGCUAUUUCUUGGCAAACUUAAAGAGGCGCUUUCUUUACUGGAGAGGAUCAUCUGGAAAGACCCUGAAACAAAUCUUCAGGAAGGGCUACUCUUUAACCUCUGUGCCAUUUACGAACUUGAAUCAUCCCACAGCAUGCAGAAGAAGCAAAAACUUCUAGAACUGGUUGCCAAACAUCGAGGAGAUGGGUUUAAUACCUCCUUCCUGAAGAUAGCUUGACACUUGCACUACUCUUAACUCCGAAACACCUUCGUUGCCCUUUCGGAACACAUCGGGAUCAGAUCGGCGAGAAACUACAAACAUUCUCGAAACUGUUGUUGCACUCGAAAUUAUGUUUAGUUACUCAACAAUGGGAAUGAAUAAGCUAAGAAAGUAUUACGGACCCUGAACGCCGACUGCGAUUAAACUUCUCUCACUCAUUUCAGUGGUGCUCUCAACUGCUAUUUCGUUUUUCUUUCGAUAUUAACUUAAGGCAGGCCUGCGGUCAGCCGAGACGAGCGAAAAAGCGAGCGCACGCACCCGUUUCCCACACAACUUUACGACUAAUCGCUGUUAGUCUAUCGCCCACCCCAUCAGUGCAAGAGCGACUACCUCUCCCUCCAUUGACUAAGGGCCUGGAACAAGCUACUCUGAUAUCAUAGAUGGGUUUUUUUGUCGCCGUCCGUUAAUUUUUUAUUCGCCAGUUUGUUCUAAAUCGGAAGCGAAUGAUAGUCUUGUAAAACAGUUACGGAUCUUAAAAAAGCCGCUUUAUGUUAACAAGAGUUAAUCACCCAAUCCAAUUAAUCUUCUUUUAGCACAUGGUAUUUUACCACGGACAUUUUCAGAAUAUCGCGUUAAUCAAAGUGGAAUCGGUGGACAAAACUUGUAUUUUGAGAGAGUUAAUUGAUAAGUAACAUAGUAUUAAAAUUUAAAAUUCCACUCUAA